GUAUAAGAGACGCAGGCAGGCGUCUGCCCUCCUGUUACUGGAUUUAUCCCGUGACCCACUGUGAGACCACCUUUACAGGAGCAAUCUACCAACCACAGGAGUUCUCUACGUACAGCAAUGGCGUUCCAGUCCAAUGUGAUCAACUCGCAGCCUCAGGUCACCGUCACUCAGUACACGGUGACGUCCGGGUCCGUAGACUGGAGUUCAAACGUGUGCGACUGCUGUGAAGACUUUGGCAUCUGUCUGUGUGCCACGUUCUUACCGUGUAUCCUGGGCUGCCAGGUGGCUCAGGACCACGGGGAGAGCUGCUGCCUGCCCUUCCUCCCAGGGGCCAUGAUCGCUCUGAGGACCAGCAUGCGAGACAAAUACCAUAUCGAGGGCUCAGUGUGUGACGACUGGUUAAUCAUGGGCUGCCUGCCGCUGUGUGGACUGUGUCAGAUGGCUCGAGAGCAGAAGAGGAGAGGAUAGAUAUAUUUUUUACAUUAAACCUAAUUUUUUUUAUUGCAAAGAAGUGGAAUAUAUGGAAAAUGACAUUGGUUUGGACAACAUGUCAAAUAAAUCAACUUUUAAAUGUAUUGACAUUUCCUAAAUACCUAGAAAAGGUUUAAAAGUUCAGAAUAAUUGCCUGAUAAUAAGAGUGAAUUGUUGUCUUGUUAAUUCCUUAUUCUUUAAUAUCA